AUGCCGCAUAAAAAAGGCAAAAAGUCAAACAAGAAUACCCAAUCAAACAACAAUAAAUCAAAGCAGAAUAAUCUUUCAAUAGGUGAAUCCUCUAAAAAAAGUCGAGACACCGCUAAAAAUGGUAACAAUUACAACAGCGACAAGAAGCUUCGUGAGAAAAAACUUCAAGCGUUAGUAGGUGAUUACCUUGAUCCACUUGAUAUUUCUUUGGACGAAUAUGAUUCGCCAUUUCGUAUAAAGGCGGAAGACUUUUUGAUUCCAAAGAAUAAGCUUCCAAAACCGGUGUUAAGUUCGUCUAAAGAAGCGUCGUUUAAUAAUGAUAAGACAAAAGAAAAGAACAAGACUCGAGAAAGAGACACAAAAUCUUUAUCAAAACCAGAUAAUAAAAAAGUUCAAAGUUCUCCAACUUCAACCGCGACCAACGUUGCUGAAACAAGCGGGGAUUCAGAAGCUUUAGGAAGUGUGAAAAAUAGUAAUAAGAAACAUGUUGAAGCUGCUAAACUUUCAAGAGGCGCGAAAAAUGUUAAUAAACAACCAGUAUCUAAAUUCUCGGAAGAUAUUGGAUCUGAGACAUCAAAAACUUUGGAUGUCACUAAGGAAUCUAACUCCGCUUCAUCCAUGAUAAAAAAUAAUAAAUUAGCGGCAUCUAAAUCUACAAACGACGCGACAAGUAAUAAUAGAUCUGAAACGUCUAAAAAUUUGGGAGAUUCGACAAAUACUAAUAAUACUGAAGUUUCUGAAUCUGUAUCGGCAAAUAAUAAUAAUAAUAUCCGUGAAGACACUUCUAGUCCACCUGUAAAGCCCUCUAAAUCUAAGGAAAAGGCGAAGAAAAUUGAAACUGACGAAUAUACACUAGAAAAUGAAGAAACAUUAACACAACUUAUAAAUAUUGAUGAUGAUAGGUUUAAGAAUUCUGAAGGAUAUGAUGAGCUAUUAACAAACACCUUGGAAGAGGGAAAGUACGUGUUCCCUAGUAACCCUGAAAUAAAAAAAGAGCAAAUGAUCGCACCAGAUUUACAAAUUGUUCAACAACGAAUUGCGGACGCUGUGAGAGUUCUCGAUGAUUUUAAAGAGUUGGGAAAUCAGGAUAGAGAAAGAACAGAGUAUGUAGAUAGGCUCGUCAAGGACAUUGCAACUUAUUACGGAUACUCAGAAUUCUUGGCCGAAAAGCUAUUUCAUCUGUUUCCGGUGUCUGAGGCAUUGGACUUUUUCGAAGCUAAUGAAGUUCCACGACCUGUCACCAUUCGUACAAAUACUUUGCGCACGCAAAGAAGAGAUUUAGCGCAGAAAUUAAUUGAUCAAGGCGUCACAUUGGAACCAAUUGAACAAUGGUCCAAGGUCGGGUUGACCAUUUUCUCAUCCGAUAAACCUCUUGGAGCAACGCCCGAAUAUCUAGCUGGUGACUACAUGAUACAAUCCGCUGCCUCACUUUUAUCAGUGAUGGCCUUAGCACCACAAAAAAACGAAAAAAUCCUCGACAUGGCAGCCGCGCCAGGCGGAAAGUCCACCUACAUUGCUGCGUUAAUGAACAAUACUGGCCAGAUAUUUUCCAAUGACACCAAUAAGGAACGAACGAAAGCUCUUACGGCAAAUAUACAUCGAAUGGGUGUUAAGAAUACAGUUGUUUCGAAUUUUGAUGGACGUGAAUAUCCUAAGGUGAUGAAUGGCUUUGAUCGCGUGUUGUUGGAUGCUCCGUGUAGUGGGACUGGCAUUAUAUCUAAAGAUGCUUUGGUUAAAAUUAAGACGGAUAAAGAUUUCAUGCAGCUUUCUCAGUUGCAAAGCCAAUUAAUAAUAUCUGCUAUUGACUCCGUCGACGCUAAAUCAUCAACUGGUGGCUAUAUUGUAUAUUCGACAUGCUCUGUGACUGUCGAGGAGAAUGAAGCAGUUGUCAAUUAUGCGCUAAACAAACGGCCUAAUGUCAAACUAGUUCCCACAGAAAUAGAUUUUGGCGUUGAGGGAUUCACGAAAUUUUGCGGCAAAAUAUUCCAUUCCUCGAUGAAUCUAACCAAACGGUUUUACCCUCACAUGCACAAUGUGGAUGGAUUUUUUGUGGCAAAGUUCAAGAAAUUUUCGAAUACCAUUCCAAAAGUUGAAGUAGAUAAUGAGAAGUCUAAGGGUAUACAGCAUCAAGACAUUCUUCUAGAAGAACGUAAUACUGCAGAAAUGAAAAUGAAGUGCUCGAAGACAAAAGUCUAA